UGCCUCCCCGUGAUGUUCUCAAUUACUUUCUCCGCUGGCACUCAACGUCUGCUACAGCGCUUCUCGCAGCUCGCACAGAAUGGCCAGUCAGACACGUACGGGAAUUCCCAACCUUGGGACGCCGCAACAGAAAUCGACGACUGCCCACAAGAAUUAUAUCGGUUCUCCCGGACAGGGCUCGACGCUAGAUCUGUGGAAGCUACGACGCCGCCUAAUAGUCCACACGUGGCCCCUUCGAAUUUCAUCACUAAAGAAGAGCUGAAAUGGUUGUUUGCGGAAGUGCUGGGAAUUCAAAGCGCACAACCUACCUCGGAUGGCAAGGAUUCUAGCAGCAACGAGAAGCCCGAAGAACAAGGCAAUGAUGGAGCGAGAAUUCGUGCGUCAAAGGUGGAGUACAAGACCGUCAACGAAGUAUGGGAUUCCGCGAAGUAUGAAUAUAAGAUCAUCAAUUCCACCCCAGUGCCGGACGUCGAUGAAUUAGACGAAUACAUAUUUGUGAUUCGUAAACGCAGUCACAAGCAGACCAAAGAGCUCAUUGUUUAUGUUGAUAUCAAAUCACCGGGAUUAAGAAAAACGGAAACGAGUCACCAGGGUCUGGGAUAAAAGCCCAAACAAACGCUCCGAUUCCGUCAGCGCUACCUUCUUGAGCACAUUUCGUUUGGGUGAAGAACCAUUUUUGGAUCCAUGG